GGGCAGAGCGAGCAGAGGAAAGAGAGGGGAGGGAGGCUCUGGGGGGCAUUCCUGCCCUGCGGCUCGACCGGCGGCAGUGGUCUCCCUGACCCCGCGCCCCUCCCCGCCGUGCCUGGAAUAGGGGGAGAUGCAGGGGGCGAGCACCCACCCCGGCCGGCAGCUUUCUUCUCCCGCACGUUCCCUGGGACCCGGGUCUGGGCGGGGACGGACGGGUCAGGGACCAGGACCCGGGUCUAGGCCGGGCGGGGCGGUGGCGGGAUCAGACGUGCAGCGCUCCGGGCGGGGCGCGCCCCCCACUGGCUGCGGCCUCAGGGGGGCGGGGCCCGAACCCCUAAUUCCCGAGGCUCCUCUGCGCCCGCCGCCACUGCUGUCGCGGACCGCCUUCCCCGCCGCCCAGCCAUGUCCCUGAAGCUCUUCUUGGACCUGCUGUCGCAGCCCUGCCGCGCCGUCUACAUCUUCGCCAAGAAGAACGGCAUCCCCUUUGAGAUGCGCACCGUGGAGCUGCUCAAAGGACAGCACCUGAGCCAGAAGUUCCUCCAGGUUAACAGCCUGCAGAGGCUGCCCACCCUCCAGGACGGGGACUUCGUCUUGACCGAAAGCGUGGCCAUUCUGAUUUUCUUGAGCGCUAAGUACCGGACAGCGGACCACUGGUACCCAGCCGACCUGCAGGCCCGCGCCCACAUCCAUGAGUACCUGGGCUGGCAUGCCGACUGCAUCCGUGGCACCUUUGGUGUGCCCCUGUGGACCCAGGUGAUUAUGCCGCUCACUGGGACCCAGGUGCCAGAGGAGAAGGUGAGGCGCAACAGGACCGCCAUGGACCAGGCCCUGCAGCAGCUGGAGGACAAAUUCCUGGGGAACAGGGCCUUCCUCACCAGCCAGCAGGUGACGCUGGCUGACCUCAUGGCACUGGAGGAGCUGGUGCAGCCCGUGGCUGUUGGCUGUGACGUAUUUGAGGGACGGCCGCGACUGGCAGCAUGGCGUGAGCGAGUCGAAACUUUCCUGGGUGCUGGGUUGUGCCAGGAGGCCCACGGCCCCAUCUUGAACAUCCUGGAACGGGCAGCCAGCAAAACAUUCCUGGUGACCCUCCCAGAAGCCUAUCCGUUUGUGCUGCGUCGUAUUUCCAGGAUCCCCUGAGGAGUCUUGGAUGGGGGCUGAUGGUUGGAUGCCAGGAGGUUAGCAAUAAAGAUUCCCAGCGUUUCUUACCUUCCCCUUUUCAUCUUUUCCGUCUUGACUCAGUUUCUUGUCUCUGGCUCCAGGAGGAACAGUGCACAGGCAGGACACCUCGUGUCCUUGGCAGUGCUUCUCCUCAAGUGCAGCAGACAUAAUCAGUAGAAGACUAAAAUCCACCAUAUACAAAGAGCCCCUAGAAUUCACUAACAGGAAGCAAAACAAAGCAACUAAAAAUCAGCAAAUGCCAUUGGUCUUUGAAAUAU